AUGCCCGAAUCCUACUACAGCAGCGCCGGUUACACCCACCCGGUCGAGUACUACAUCAACUCCGGCCGCGGCCCCGGCUCCACCACCGGCGGCUCCGUAGCGCCCUCGACCGCCUCCAUGUCCUCCCAGUCCACCAUCCGUCCUACAUACGUGAACUCCCAAGGCCAACUAGGCAUCGACUACCCCAGCAGCCGUGGUGCCUCUCGCCAGUCCCAGUCCCACCACCAAGGCUCAUCAUACCACUCCCUCCGCGACGUCGACCCUUCCGACUCCAGCAGCCAAGUCGGAGGAGGUUCCGUGGUAUCCACCAGUUCUCGCGCCAGCCGUGCCAGCCGCGCUUCCACCGUCCGCCCCGAUGACUCCCUCAGUCAGGUUGGCGCUAAUCGCAGCCACCCCCGUGGUCGCGGUCGUGACUUAUCCGCAAGGGAACUAUCCCUCCUUCAUGCCCAAGGUGGCUCACAUGCCCCCACGGUAGUUUCCCUCGCCUCGAGUACGCACUCUCAGUCUCAGUCUCAAACCCAGGGCGGCGGCGGCCCGCAAUUACUUCCCUACGCUGAUUCCGACGCUGGUGGUGGGGGAUCCGAUUUCUCAACUGAUAGCACGCUUGUGAUCGAUAUGAGGCGUGAUCCAAACUCUAAUCGGCGCCAACAACAACAACCCCCUGCUCCCCGCAGCAAUCAGCAGCAUGGAGGCAAUAACGGUGCUGGUGGAAGAAAUACUUACCCGUCUGAGCCCCCUACUGUGGUCGUCACGGAGGCGGAUAUCGCUCGCGGAAGGGAGAUGUGGCCUGGUUUGGAUCGGGAGAGUAUCAAGUGUAGGAUGAAGGUAGUGCUGAUUCGGGAGGAGGUGCAGAGGAGGGCGAGGGUUCAUCUUGGGUUCCGUUAG